GGAGGGAGGAGUGUGAGCAAGCAAGAGAGAGAGACAGAGAGAGUGGUGCCUGCUGACAACAAUAGGGAUCUGCACUUCCAGCCGGAGACACAGAGCGAGACACACACACACGGAGGGAUCAGGCUUGCUUGCAGCGGGCGGCCACUGAAGCUCAGAGCCCUUUCCUCUGGGAGGUCACUUUGUUUCUGUCCUUCCUACAGCACUGUCAGUGCUCACUUGCCCCACACGUAACAUUUUUUUUCUGUGGGCUUUUUUUUCCGGGAAGAUUUGGGUUUCGCACAGUUUUGCCUUUUUUUUUUUUUUGGAGUGUUGCGGGUUAGAGGAGCGUGAUUUUUGUUUCGCCCUGUGGAGUGGGGCGUGGGGGUUGUUUCGGGACUUGCGCUCGGCCCAGAUGCCGGUGGACAUGGUCAUCGCCCCCCCGGAGGAGAGCUUCUGGCAGGAAAUGCACGAGAGUGAGAUGAAGCUGAAGAUCCGUGUACGGAGGAUGAAGGAGGGACGCGAGCUCAGAGGGGGGUUUGCGGCCUUCUCCUCCUGCUUCCCAGCCCUGUGUGAGGGCAAGCCGGCCACCAUCCUUCCCAUGAGCCUCUCCCAGCCCUGCUUACCGGUGGCCAACGUGGGCCCGACGCGCAUCCUGCCACACCUCUACCUGGGCUCUCAGAAGGAUGUACUCAACAAGGACCUGAUGACGCAGAACAGCAUCACGUACGUGCUGAACGCCAGCAACACGUGCCCCAAGCCGGACUUCAUCUGCGAGAGCCACUUCAUGCGCAUUCCCGUCAAUGACAACUACUGCGAGAAGCUGCUGCCCUGGCUGGACAAGACCAACGACUUCAUCGACAAAGCUAAGGUGUCCAACUGCCGGGUCAUCGUUCACUGUCUGGCGGGAAUCUCCCGGUCGGCUACCAUCGCCAUCGCCUACAUCAUGAAGACAAUGGGCUUAACGUCGGAUGACGCCUACAGGUUCGUGAAAGACCGCAGGCCUUCGAUCUCCCCCAACUUCAACUUCCUGGGUCAGUUGCUGGAGUUCGAGAAGGGCCUGAGGCUGCUGAAGGCCCUGUCCUCGGGCCCCGGGAAGCCUGUGGCAGAGCGGCAGGAGGAGGAGGAGCCGGAGCCCAAGCCCUGGGAGACCAGCGGGAGAGUUGUCCUGGAGAGCAGGCUCUCAGAGCGCGAGCAGGAGAGCCAGGAGGCCGAGUCCAAGCUGCCGUCCCCCACCUCACUGCAGCAGGGCCUCAACGGCCUGCACCUGUCUGCCGAGCGCAUCCAGGACACCAACCGGCUCAAGCGCUCCUUCUCCCUCGACAUCAAGUCGGCCUACGCCCCCAGCAGCUGCCCACGGGCCACCCCCGCCCUGGCUGUCACCCCUGUUGACUCCGAGGACGUCCCCAAGCUCUGCAAGCUGGACAGCCCGGAGGCGUCCAACGGCGUGUGUCAGUUCUCGCCGGUGGCAGACAGCCCCGGGGAGUCUCCGGGCGGCGGGGAGUCCAGGCCGCGACAGAGGAGGAAAGGGAAGGCGGCGGGCAGUGCCGGCAGCUCCCCAGCCCACUCGCUCAGCCUGAGCUUCGGCCGUGGUGGGCCAAUGAGCAAGAGCCCCAGCCUGGACGAGAACCUGAAGGCCUCGCUCCUGCUGACCCUGCCCGGCCUGGGCUCCGGUGGGGCCUGGACCAAGCACAGGGACACGGCGCAGGCCACCACACCUGGCACGCCCACGGGCGACGCGCCCUGGUACUUCGGCGCAGAGCCGGCGGCGGCGGGCGGGGCUGCCGUGCGCUUCGGGAGCGGCUCCGCCUAUGUUGCGUUCGGCUGCAGCGGGCUGGCGGGCGGCUGUGAGGCCGUGCGUCUCCGGGAGAAGGUCCAGGACCGGCGGGAUGGGCGGGGCAGCUGGCACGAGGACGCCCCCGGCAGCGGCGGCAGCAACAGCGGCGGCGGCACUGACAAGCAGUACAAGCGCCGCAGCUGCCAGAUGGAGUUCGAGGAGGGCAUCUCCGAGACGCGGUCCCGCGAGGAGCUGGGGAAGAUUGGCAAGCAGUCCAGCUUCUCCGGGAGCAUGGAGGUCAUCGAGGUGUCCUGACACACCAGCCCACAGACUGCAAAGGACUCACCGAAGCGGGGACUGCUAUCGGGAGGCAUGGGGACACGUGAGGGACGGGUUGGGGAGGGGGGGGUUAAUUUAUAUUAUAAAUAUAUUUUUUGUUUGUUUGUGUUUAAAACUCAAAGAAAUUUGACUCUGACAAAUGGACAGAUCUGUAGGACAGGUCUGGACAGAGCUGUAGGCCUCUGAGUAUGCCUGAACAGCGGAGGGAUCAGACGGCCGUGUCUCCGGCAUGUCUCAAGCACAAAGACACGCCGGAUCCGAGAGGACGGCACUGACACUGGCAGUCACAUGCUGCAAAAACUAUGCUAAGCGAAAGCACACCUAUCAGGAAAACCCAUUCGAUUCCCCCCCUCAGGAUGGGAUGCAACAACAGUGUUCGCGCACUGCUUUACCAAUGCCAUGGUGUGGAGAAGGAAGGACAGCCAAGUCUGUCACAAUCGCUUCUGCAACGGUGUUACAAAAUACUGAGUCAGAGAAGUGCCACGCAUUCAGGCCUAGGAACAGCAAAGGACUCUAUCUCUCUAUGGUCUGUCUGCAAUGGCACUUGGUACUGUACCAGAUGAAGGAUGCUCUAUGUGAGAAUUUGCAUAAUUCCCACAAUCCCCUUGUAAAUCAGCGGUGAGCGAGGCACACUGAACUGUAGAACUCACCGUGGUGUAUGCACACAGAUGGAGCUCACAUGCAUUUCAAGGAUGCAGGCAGCGACAAUGUUCCACGGCAUACCUUUGUUUCCCAGUGUUACUGAAUUCACAGCCGCAAAGUUUCAGAUGUAAAGAUGUUUUCUCUGUAAUUCAAGUGAGAGGCGCACCAGCGAUGCGCUCUCCGCGAAGUUCCCACAACUCCAAAUGUACAAUUGAGCGUGCUCAGAGCGGCUGGGUACCGACAGACAAGCUGUGUCCAAACAGCACUAAGCUUUAUAUAUACAUGCAUUCAGAAUUUUACUGCAGUUUUAAUGGACAUUUGAUAUUUUUCUCCAUUAUGGUUUUAAUUUAUUUUAUCUGUUCAUUCUGGCAAUGAGAAAUAGAAUAAUGUUUGUGGAUUUCUUUUUAGUUUUACUGUAUGGUAUUUAUGAAACACAAUAUGAACACACAAACACACGCGCACAUACACACACGCACACACACACAGACAACUUCAAGCAAUACAAGGUGUUUCUCUUUAUCUUCUCUUUUUUCCUUCUUCGUCAGCAGUGGAGAUCAAGAUCUUGGGUGUUUGUCUGGCAUUUUAAUGCACUUUUGUCUUUCUUUUAAAAACAAACUGAAUCCAUUGCUCAUAGAUAUCCCAAAGUUGGCUGCAAGUUGACGUUUCUCCCAUGGUACUGCUGGCUACUCAAACAUUGCAUCAGCCUGAAUUUUGCACUGCAGAUAUCAACCCUUCCACCAAGCAUUGUGCACACCUAAGGGUUAGAGGUGGCUGAAUGCUGUAAUAUCAUUUUUGUUUUGUACUUACAGCAUUUAAGACGAGGAAGGGUGACAGGGAGACUAUGGGAUUGUUCCAGUUAAUUAAUCCAUUAUUUCAGCAUUGUGUUUAUAUAUAUAUAUGUACAUUUGUUAACUUGUGCUCACCAAGAUGAGACAACAUUACAAGAUGGCAUUAGAUACAAAGCAAGCACUUCCUGGAGUUUUCACUCAAUGCAAUGGCACAGCAAUGGCACAGAAGCUUCAAACAUGCAAAAAUAAAAAGGGUAAGGAGAGCAAGCAGUCUGAGGUGCAAGACUUGUCCCAAGGUGACUGGCUCGGAGUAUGCAUUCUCCAAAAAUAGCUGAAAAUAGCUACUGCAGGGAGCUGGUAGCUGCAGUUACCUGACUCACACAAUGGGAUCGGAGGGUGUGCUUCUGAGACACUGUAUUUAAAAUGUAUAUUUAAUAACAAAACCCAAUUGCAGUAGGAUGCAUCUCACUACAAGCUGUAUGACGUACUCCCCCUCCAACGGCGUGUGCCACGUGAGUUUGCAUUCUUCAGCACGGUGCUGUUGAAACAGGCAGAAGCCAGUAAAGUAUUCCCCCCCCCAAGAUGUUGCACCCUGCACUGCAACCUCCCAGGAAAAGAAACCACAGUUAACUUUUGUUGAUCUCAGGGGAUCUCCAGUGAGCCAAACCCACUCUCAGACACUCUGAGUACAUUAGCACUGUACAGGUCCCACUGUCAUC